AUGCUCUCACCGACGAUACCUCCCGCGGAACCGUGGAGACGGCACGUCAGUGCCGACCCAGAGACCACUCCGACGGUGUACACCUUCUUUGAGAAGGCGACGUCGACCUGGCAGUACAUCGUGGUCGACCCGAAGACUUCCGAAGCCGUGCUGGUCGACCCCGUGCUCGACUACGACCCGAACUCCGGUUCAAUUUCCACCGACACGGCGGACGGGCUGGUCUCCUUCAUCGAGCAGAACAAGCUCCGAGUUACGCGCAUCCUCGAGACACAUGCCCAUGCGGAUCACCUCACCGCCGCUCAGUAUCUCAAGCAACAGUUGUAUGGAGACGUCACCGUCUGUAUCGGCCAGCGCAUCACGCAGGUGCAGAACACGUUCGCCCCCAUAUAUGGUCUCGAGCCCGCCUCCCUCGAGAACGCCUUCGACGUGUACUUCCAGGACAACGAGGAGUUCGCGCUGGGCUCUCUGUCCUGCCACGUGAUGCACCUGCCUGGACAUACACCCGACCACGUCGGCUAUGUUGUAGGCAAAGCGGUGUUCACCGGUGAUUCGAUCUUCAACCCUGAUGUAGGUUCAGCUCGCGCCGACUUCCCAGGCGGAGAUGUAGAGACCCUAUAUGCGUCCAUGCAACGCCUUCUAUCCCUGCCAGAGGACUACCGGCUCUACGUCGGACACGAUUACCCUCAGAACCGCGAUCAGACAUGCUUUGCCACCGUCGCUGAUCAACGGGCGCAGAACAGGCAUGUCAAGAUUGGCACCGAGCCCUCCACGUUCAUACAGUUCCGCAAGGAGCGCGACGCGGUCCUAGGGGCACCUCGGCUUCUCCACCCCGCUCUGCAGGUCAACAUCCGAGCCGGCAGACUGCCGCCCCCAGACGACAAGGGGAGAAUCUUCCUGCGCAUCCCCGUUCGGGUGGACCUCCAACUGGAGUAGACACUACGUACGUGAUCGACGCGGGCUCGUUUCCGUUCCUCGUCCUGUUCCCAUCGUUAUCAAUCAAAUUGUACCCGAUGCACACACCCUCGAGGUGCCCGACGGACAAUGUUACACAAGAAUCUCCGGGCUCACCUGCCGCGGUGGCGGUGCAGUAAGCACGGCGACAAGACGGUGUCGACAGACUGGCUCAACUGUAAAUGAAGAUUAAUGAGAAGGCCGUCGACCCACAGCCAGUGCGAUCAAACCGCGGCGAGGCGAUACCUCACCCGUCCUCACAUAAACCCGCAUAUCCUCAGAUAUAAGACCUUCGGGGCCGGUGUGGGGCUCUCAGCGUGCGUCAAAUACCCUCGUAUACACUUCCACUUCCUCACUGCCGCGUUU